GCUGAUACAUCGUUUAUAUCAUUUAUUUUUUGAGUUUAAACAAAUACAAAAAUUAUCAAAUCCUACUAUACCGGCAUUAAAAUCGCGUCCCGCUUUGCGUCUUUUUCCCGUAAAUAAAUAUUAGUUCGUUUGUGAUUGAUGUGAAUUAAAAAACACUCAAAAUGCAACGUCGUGGCGGUAAGAGAAUCCGAAUGGAUGAGCCGCCCCCCGACUAUGAGAACCCCAUGACCCCUCAAGUUGAGCCCGAUGGUUACGGGGGCUACGGCCACCCCAGUUUAUAUGGAGUCGAAUACACCGAACAAGCGGGCACAUCAUCAUCAGACGGCAUGUUUGAAUCGCCCCCAACUCCCGGAAUGCGCCGAAUUACCAGAUCUAAAGCAAGGGGGCAAACAAAUCUGCCACCACCUUCCUAUUCUCCAACUGGGGCUGGAACACCAGCACCGCCCAAACCCCGUGGCAGGGGCAGACCCCCCGGUCGCAAAAACACGGUUGAGGGGAGUACAGAAGAUGAGACUUCUUUGUACCACUACAUCAAAAACAGCAAGGUUUCACUUACCAAUAUUGUGGAUGAGUGGAUCGAGAGUUACAAGGUCAAUAGGGAGGCAGCUUUGAUCGCAUUGAUGCAGUUUUUUAUAAACGCUGCUGGUUGUAAGGGGAGAAUAACGCAACAGAUGCAAGCCACCAUGGAACAUGCGGCUAUUAUCAGGAGAAUGACCGAGGAAUUUGAUGAAGAGUCGGGCGAAUACCCGCUUAUUAUGGCCGGUCAAACGUGGAAAAAAUUCAGGCAGAAUUUUUGCGAUUUUGUGCAAACUCUGGUCAAACAGUGCCAGUACUCGAUCAUUUACGACCAGUUUUUAAUGGACAACGUGAUUUCGUUGCUCACGGGGCUCUCAGAUUCGCAGGUGCGUGCGUUCAGGCACACUGCAACCCUCGGCGCAAUGAAACUAAUGACGGCUUUAGUGGACGUUGCUUUAACAGUUUCGGUUAAUCUCGAUAAUACGCAACGUCAGUACGAAGCCGAGAGACAGAAAACUCGCGAAAAACGCGCCAGUGAUCGUCUUGAAGCCCUGCUUGGGAAACGGCAAGAGCUGGAAGAAAAUAUGGACGAAAUAAAGAACAUGUUGACCUACAUGUUUAAAUCGGUUUUCGUCCAUCGUUAUCGCGACACUUUGCCCGAAAUCCGAGCAAUAGCAAUGACGGAAAUCGGUGUUUGGAUGCACAAGUUCCACGCGAAUUUCUUGGACGACUCUUAUUUAAAAUAUAUAGGGUGGACCUUGCAUGAUAAAGUGGGCGAGGUGCGCUUGAGGUGCCUCCAAGCCCUUCAACCGCUAUAUGCUAGUGAAGAGUUGAAGGGCAAGUUGGAGUUGUUCACCAAUAAAUUCAAAGACAGGAUCGUUGCAAUGACUCUGGAUAAAGAGUACGACGUGGCCGUGCAAGCUGUGCGACUUGUUAUCUCAAUCCUGAAGCAUCAUCACGAAAUUUUAACCGACAAAGAUUGUGAACAUGUGUACGAGCUGGUUUACUCCUCACACAGAGCUGUGGCGCAAGCAGCUGGCGAAUUUCUAAACGAACGUCUCUUCCAGCCGGGAGACGUGGAUAUAGGUAAAACGAAAAGGGGCAAACGCCGGUUGCCCAACACGCCGUUUAUCCGAGACUUGGUCCAGUUUUUCAUCGAGUCGGAGUUGCACGAACAUGCGGCUUAUCUAGUCGACUCGCUUAUCGAGUCCAACAGUAUGAUGAAGGACUGGGAAUGCAUGACCGAUUUGUUGCUGGAGGAACCCGGACCACAGGAGGAACCUCUGGAUAAUCGUCAAGAGACGAGUUUGAUUGAAAUUAUGGUGUGUUGCAUCAAACAAGCGGCCACGGGGGAGGCCCCAGUCGGGAGGGGGCCCACAAGGAGGGUUUCGUCGUUGCGUGAAAUGAAACAAGCCGGAGAGGACAAGCAAAAAUUGACCGAACACUUUAUAGUGACUUUGCCACCGCUUUUGGAUAAAUAUGCAGCCGAUCCGGAGAAAUUGGCCAAUUUGUUGAGUAUUCCUCAGUAUUUUGAUCUUGAUUUGUACACCAGUGGCAGGCAGGAGGGCUCGCUUCAGUCGCUUUUGGUCAAGCUGAAGCACAUCGCUCAGGUGCACCAUGAACCAGAAGUGUUGGAGACUCUCGCAAAAACUCUCGAAAUUCUCUGCACUGAAGGCCACUCAAUUUACACUCGUUGCGACGUCGCUAGAUCAACAAUUGUGGACAUGAUCGUGGUCUCUUACAAGGAGGCAAUCGACGAUUGGCGCACUUUACUACUAGGAGAGGAAACGCCAAACGCGGACGAAAUAUUCAACGUCGUCAGUUCACUAAAAAAAGUUUCAAUGUUCUACGCUUGUCACAACUUGAACCAGUGGAAUUUAUGGUCCACACUUUUUCAAGACGUCAAAGACUCCGAAAGCGUGCUUCCACCUGACGCUCUCAAAUACAGCCUCAGCGCCUGUUUCUACUGCCUUUUAUGGGGUUUGAGGGUUCUGGAGAUCCAGCAUGAGGGCGGGGGCUUGACUGCAGCCGCCAUCCAAGAGAUGCGUCAGCGUCUGGACGAAUUUAUUGAAGCAUCGCAGGUUUUAAUUCGGUGUUCGCCACAUAACAGCAUCAAGGAAGAAGCGUAUGUGUGUCUGUGCGACUUGUUGAUCGUUUUUAGCGAACAGUUGUCAAGUACGGCACCUCCACUCGCCGAACUGACUUGCCAACCAGACAGAAAUCUCCAGUCGCUUUUAAACGAAUUUGUCCAAUCUUACGUUUUUGUCCCCGAACAAAAUGCGGAACAUGACGAACACAGAAUCGAGGAGUUGCACAAACGGAGGAAUUUCCUAGCUGCGUAUUGCAAACUAAUCGUCUACAACAUAAUGCCGACGAAAGCCGCCGCAGACAUCUUCAAACAUUACGUCAAAUAUUACAACGAAUACGGCGACAUUAUCAAAGCAACUUUGAGCAAAGCGCGCGAAAUUAAUAAAGUUAACUGCGCCCUAACCAUGUGUUUGAGUCUGAAUAUGAUCUUCCACGAAGUGCAGAAAUUAUCAACGGGGAAAAGCACGCGUCAGAAUGAGGAGUUCUUUGCGCUGAAAGAAUUGGCAAAGCGAUUUGCACUUUCGUUCGGUUUGGAUGCCGUUAAGAAUCGGGAAGCUAUAACGGCGCUGCAUCGAGCGGGGAUUUUGUUUGCUGUAAGCGGGGCUGAUCAACCGGAUGAUCCCACGGGACCACCUCCGAAUUUACCGUUCCUGGAAAUUUUGACUGAGUUCACUAAUAAGUUGCUCAAGCAGGAUAAAAGAGUGGUUUUGACGUUUCUGGAUCGCAGGAUAACUACAGGAAUGCCGAGCAGUAGGGGGGAAGACUGGCAGCCGUUGCUGCUUUAUCGCAAUUCUUUGCUGCAUGGUGAGUCGGACGCUCUGCCAGUUACGAGCAAGAGGGCCUAUGGGAGGAAAAGGAAGGAAAUUGAGUCCGAUCAUGAGCAAGAUGAGGUGCUGUCUGAUCAGGAAUUUCCGGGAAAUCUUUAUGGAUAAGUUGUUGCUAAAAGCACUAUUUAAUUUAUUUACAAAUGGAAUUCCUAAUUAUUUGGCUCUUUGAUUUCUUGCGUCAUAACAAGGUUUGAUUUUGUUUGAUAUAAAUAUAAGUAAUGAAAGAGUUAAUUUAUUAGCGCACUUUUUUCUAUCUACUGUAAAUACAUUAUGAUGUUCUUAUGAAACAGUCUUAUUAGGGUAAGUUAUUUUUUGUGGAAUCAAGUAUUUACGCAGUUUUUACCGUUUUUACAAUUAGUUAUUUUUUGAAACAUAUUUAUAUUUAAGUUAAUAAUGGUCGGUUUAUAGAAAGCCCAAUUAAAAUUUAAUGCGCUGUUCAGGAAUUUUGCGGAUUAAAAUAAUACGCUUCUAUAAACCGGCCCUAAGUUGGUAAUAACCAUUACAGAUUCUUUUGCUGUAAUUGUUGCUGUCAUAUAAUGUAUACCUGCUAGUUUAAAUGAAUAAAUGUAUACUUUUAUUAAUAAAGAACUGUUUUAAUAAUUA